AUGGCGCUAUCUCCUUGGCAACUAUGCUUUCAUACGGGCAUGACUUGCCAUGUUAAAACAUGCAACAAUAAGAGGAUCAUCACUAACACGGUGUUCUCGCCGUAUUGUAAACAGCACGUGUGUACUGUCUGUCUUCAGCAAAAGACGGGCUUCAAGCGUGGUCAUGGGGAAGAGAGGAUAUGCCGUCAUCACUCCUGCGCCCACCCAACCUGCCACGCCCCGCGCUCCAAGAAACACCCCAACUCAUCAUACUGCGCAAAACACGCCUGCAACGUACGCACCUGCGACCAACCACGCCACGGCCCGGGGCUCUGUUGCAGAAGACACACAUGCCGCAUCCACGGCUGCGUAAACUGCGUCCAUCCGCCCUUCCCCCCAACUUCCCCAUCCCCUUUCCCUACCCCUACCCCUACCCCCUUUCCUUCGCCCUCGCCAAAUCCCCUCCUAGACCACGCACCAGCAGAGCAGCACCACUACUACUACUGCCCAGGCCACCAACCCUGCCAAGCCGCCGGGUGCCCCAGCCUCGCGUUCCGGGACGCCACGCACCGCGCGGGCAAAUACUGCUUCGCACACCACUGCGCGGCGUCACCCGUCUGCGCGGGACAGCGCGUCGACGGGAGCGCGACCGCGACCGCGACCGCGUGUCGCGAACACACGUGUGCGCUGUACCCUACCUGCGCCGACGCGCGCGCCGACGUCGAGCGCGGGCUCUUCUGCGAGGGCCACGAGUGCGCUGAGCCCGGGUGUGCGAAGCAGCGGUAUGAUUCGGGGAGCACGGGGUAUAACGGCGUCGGGGCGGGGCUGGGCGCGGGGGUGAGGCGAGGAGUGGGAGUGGGAGUAGGAGUAGGAGUAGGAGUAGGAAUAGGAGGGGAGGGGAAAGGUGUUUGGUGCGCGGACCAUAUGUGUAUGGCGGCGUUGACGCGCCAGGAAGAUUGUCCGAAUAGGCGCGAGGGGACGCCGACGAAUCCUGUGUACUGCGCUGACCACGAGUUGUGCGAGGAGGUUGGGUGCCUUGCUUUCCGUGCGGUUAGGGGGAGGGGGGUUAGGUUGCCGAGGUGUGAAGAGCAUCAAAAAUCCAAAUGCGCCUUCCCGUCCUGCCUCCUCGAUGCCGAGGGCAACGCCGCCGCGUGCCGGUACCACGUGUGCCGGGCCGACGGGUGCCUGACCAUGCUCUCGCAGACCAUAACCGCGACUUCGCCCCGCACGUCCCUAUUCUGCGACGUUCAUCGCUGCGUCGAGUCCGAGUGCGUUAAUCCACGGCUUACCACCGUUUCCACUACUACCACCCCAACAGCAGCAGCGGUGGCGGCUGCUACGACGGCAGCAGUUCCGUCGCCAGGCAUAAGAGAGGGCGGCAACGUGUACUGCGCCGAACACGUGCACCAGCGACGCAUGGGCCUAGGAUUAGGCUUCGUUCACGGUCUGUGUCCGCGUCACGGCAGGGGAUGUCGCCACGCUUUCGGGGGCGGGUACGGAGGUAUGUGUUGUCGAUACCGUGGCGGUAGCAGUGGAGACGACGACGACGACGAUAGUGACGACGAUGAUACUAUUACUGACCACGGGGGUAGCAGUAGCGCGGGAGUAGGAUUAGACAUAAGCCCCUGUUUCUGCUGCGGUGGCACUGGUGAUUGCGGUAGUCAUGGAAAAAAGUGCAAUAAGUGCGUGAAAUGCUGAGUCUUAGAUUACGGUUAGAUAGAUGUUGAUUAAUAGACCGAUGGUUUGACCAUCUCAUGUCGUCUUCCGUCUGCCGCCAGCCUUUUCUCAGAGCUCCGCAGCUGCGGUGAAUAUCGUUAGUCAAUCCUUUUUCUCAUACUGAACCGCAUAAUUUGCGAUAACCUCAUUCUCACGCAGUACUUGCCCCUCAAACGAUAAGAGUCAUCUAACAACAAACUGAAUCCCGCGGAUAUUUUAUAUUCCCGGCCAAAGCUCACCAGCUACAUAGUUUGCCCGUGCCUGCUAAUUGCUAAUCCCCAUCCCUUGUUAAUAAUACAAUUCCCGUGACAUAGAAUUCCUACGAAGCCGUGCCGAUCUCAUAACCAAGUAAC